AUGAUGGAAAAAACAAAUAAAUUCUUCUUUUUCAUUCAAUUUUACUCAUUUUACAUUUUAAUAUGUAUAUACCAGAAUACUUAUGAUACCAAUAUAUCUGAUAUAUCAUAUAAUGUUAAAAUUAAUCUAAGUAACUCAUUCUAUUUAAGAAUAGUAAGAUUAUUAAAUGGAGAAACAGAUGUACAUAUUAAAAAAGAAGGCUUAUCUUUAAAAAAAAAUGUUUCAAGCAAAAUUUAAACAUUUAAAAACAAUAAUAACCAUGAAAAAAAGCCUAGAAAGCUAAAAAUAAAAUCAUUAAAAAAGGAAAAAAGUAUAUUAUCAACCGUUUUUAAACCAAUAAAGAAAUUAGAUUUAUUAUUUGAAAAAGAGGUAGUUAAACUAUUUGAUACUGAAUAUAAACGAUCCACUAAUUCUAGAUUGACAUUUGAAGCACAAUUUACAAGGUUUCUUUUGGUAAUUAAUCCAAUUAUAUUAUUCAGUAUUAUCGGAACUGCAUAAGUAGUAAUUGUGCAUAAGGCUGAUUCUACAUCCACUACCAUACCACUAGAAGGUGUUGGAAUUCUAAUAGUUAAUUCACUAUUUAUUUUAGCAGUACUUAUUUCAUAUAAAUUACGGAAAAAUAUGUACAAAUGUAAUAAAAACAGGUUAAAUUAUGAAAGAGCAUUACUCAACGCUCAUUAG